UGAUUAGUCACGAGGAUAUUGGACUCAGACUCAAAGAUACCAGGUACCAGGUUGUCAAAAUCUUGCAAAGAUCCAUCACUCAGCGCAUCAGUCGUGAUCAUCGUCGACAUUUGGCAUCAGAGCACCGAUCGACAGAUACACUGUUCCAGGCCACACAAGAACCUCACAAGACAACCCCUCUACCUAAUUUCCAACGAACCAUCUAUUGUGCCAAGCAAGCAAACGAAAACAUGUUUCCCACUCUUCGAGCGGCGUUUCUUGCACUCUUUCUGCACGCUUCCACGAUCACUACAACCUUUGCCUUGGACAAUGGCUUGGGACUGACACCAGUCAUGGGAUGGAACUCCUGGAACAAAUUUGCGUGUGGAAUCAAUGAGACCUUGAUUCAUUCAAUCGCCGAUGCACUCGUAUCUACGGGACUUCGAGACUUGGGAUACCAUUAUCUCAAUUUGGAUGACUGCUGGCAGCUUACACGAGACAUGGGGUCGGGCAAGAUUAAAGAGGACCCGAACAAAUUCCCUUCUGGAAUGAAGGCUCUGGGAGACUAUAUUCAUUCCAAAGGACUCAAGUAUGGACUCUAUAGUGAUGCCGGACUCAUGACGUGCCAAAGGCGCCCUGGAUCGCUCGGCCUAGAAACCAUUGACGCCCAAAGCUACGCUGAUUUCGGUUGUGAUUACCUGAAAUACGACAAUUGUUACGCAUUUGGGUUGAAACCUCAAAAGCGCUAUGAAGCUAUGCGUGAUGCCCUCAAUGCCACUGGAAGGCCCAUCUUUUUCAGCAUGUGUGAAUGGGGAGCCCUAGAUCCUGCCACUUGGGCAACUCCUAUCGGAAACUCGUGGCGGACAACAGGAGAUAUCAACCCGACAUGGGGAUCUAUCUUGGAAAUCCUUGAUAGAAACGACCCCUUGUGGCCCUAUGCCGGACCAGGAGCAUGGAAUGAUCCGGACAUGUUGGAAGUGGGAAAUGGAAACUUGACAGUAGAACAACAAAGGAGCCACUUUACUUUAUGGGCCAUCAUGAAGGCACCACUGAUCUUGGGCAAUGAUAUCCGCACCAUUUCACAGGAAUCAUUGGACAUCAUUACCAACAAAAAGAUUAUUGCCAUCAACCAGGACAAGCUUGGAGCACAAGCACACUCAGUGUGGACCUCCGAUGAGAAAGAUACGCAAGUCUGGGCUGGACCUUUGGACGAAGGAGAAUUUGUCAUCGUCUUGUUCAACCGUGGUGACAUCAACAAUGUUGAGAUUGCUGUGCAUUGGAAAGAUAUCCCUGAUUUCUAUACAGACACAACAACUAUGGUGCUAGAAGAUCUUUGGUGUGACUGGAACACGACGGCCACAGGGAGUUUUACAGCCAAGGUUCAAGCCCAUGAUGUCGUGGCGUUUCGAGCAUCACCAACAAAAAAAUCAAACAAUCUGAGAAAGAACGUCAAUCUUCAGAGCCAGGCUUGAAUGCAAUACUUGUAUGACGUUCCGAGUGUCAUCGGUAGUAGCUCCGGUUGUCCCGUUAGACGCAGAAGGCCGUGUACAAGGCCAGCAGAAGGCUGCAUCCAAUGCCGGCUACACUAGCGAUGCUAUAGGUUGCGUUCCCUGCAAGUGGCAGUUGGCGUUACAUGUAUGCAGUAGAAAGAUCCUAUCACUGAACCUUAUAAAAUCUAAUACGAAUAUGGUACCGGUAGCACCUCGUCGGGUA